CUCGCAGCACCGAACCGUCCUUCUGUUAUGUGGAUAUUUGGGGAAUCUGGUGCAGCCUCUCAUUCUUAGAUCAUCAUCAUUACCUAGGAGGUAGUACUCACUGUUGGCCACCUCCACUGGAAGCGAUCGUUGCCAGCAGUACCUGUCCCUCGCGGUGAGAGCAGUGGGCACUCCUGGCCCCGAAUACAACCAACUGUGCUCUCCGUCUGGACGCGAUGCGCUUGCAGCCACGUGCUGCCCACCUUCAUUCAUCGGACUUCACUUGGGAGCAAUGCCGUGGAGGCCCCUUCCCUCAGUCGCUUUCGCCAUUGCCACCGCUCCCUUCACCGCCACCCAACAAUUCGACCUCCCUCUGCAGAUUGGCGACCACAUCUACAUUAUCGAACAAGGCGGCAGCAGGAAAGAAUGGUACCGUGGAUACUUGGUCGCUCCGCCUGCCCUGCUCGCAGGUCUCACCAGUGAUCGGGGCCAGCAGUUGGAGCAUCGAGUCUUUUCCGGCAUCUUUCCUGCAAACUGCGUCGAGAUACGCGAGUUCCUGGGAGAUGGCCAACUACAGACCGAGCCUGAUGGAGAGGACGGCACCAGCAAUGGAGUUCCUCCUGUCGUGGAGGACACUGCCGACCCCCGACAGCGCAGGAAGAGCGAGGCAUUGGCAGCACGGCGAAAGAGCAAGCGAUUGAGUCGGAGACAGAGCACGCGCGCCCCGGUGAAGGCGAGAAAGUCCAUCCUCUUGUCCUCGGAUGAGCCCUUGCCCAAGGAUCCCAAUGCCCCCAAGCCCCUUGCUCCCGUGCCACUCCUCCGUGUGGGCGAUGAAUCGGGCUUGUCUGCCAUAGAACCUCUGGUCGACGAGAUUGCCUCGUGUCUGCGAGAGUGGCACGAUGCGCGCCUGCACGAGAUGCUCCUGGCCCGCCGCUACACCCAGCUCGCACAGGUGGAAGAGCUCGUGAAAAGGGUCGAUGUGGCGCGGAAUCAGCUCAUGCACGAUGUCUUGACCCAGAAAGAGCUGCUGGCACUACGAGAGGACACUGUGUGGGAUCUGGUGGCGGGGAACAAGAUGCUGAGCGACGAAGUCAUUGUGCGCAGUCCCACCGAAAAGGGUCGCAUCUUGACUGCCGACGACUCGGUCGUGGAGAUGACCAAGUUACAGGCGAACAUGAGCAUCCUCGAUCGGCCUCCCAAACCUCCCUCAGACCAACACAUGCUGCAUCAUCUGUUGGUCGACGCACGCAACCUGGUCAGCGAGGCCGACCAACCGGGCAUGCUCUACGUGAGCCUGUUCACCAAGGAGCAUGGCGAGAAACCAGUGCCGGUCAGUGAGAGCUUUGCCAUAUCUCUUCCCAUGCCGGAAACCACACCCACAGCCUCUGAGGAUCAGCCUCAAACAUUGUUCGUCAACUUGAGUAACACAGACAUCGGCACCGGUGCCGAGACGCGCUCGUUGUAUGUCGUGUUCAAGCUAUUGCGGGAUGAGCCUGUCCGGCAGACCGUCUAUGGGCAAGCAUUCACGCAUACACCAGCGAAGCCAUCUCUGCUGCACAGUGGUGCCCAUGGGAACUCGCAAACCAGCACCAAGGGCCGACUGAGCGUGUUCGGGAGCACGAGGAAGAAGAGCGACCACGGCCGCAAUAUCUCUACCGCGAAUGGCUCACGACCGGACACGGCGCACUCACAGCGAUCAGAUCGAUCGAGGACAUCGAGCAGAACACCUUCCGAUACCCGAGCCCCGAGCGAGACGAAGUUGGUGCGACGCUGUGUCGGUCUGGGUGCAAUCGACGUGACAGAGCUCGCCCAGGGCCAGAGCAGCGCCGAAACUACAGUUACGCUCUGGACACCCACCUCAUCUGCGGGCAACGAUAAGAACGACGAAAGCGAAGGCUGGGCUGAGAUUGUCCGCGAGCUUGCACGCAGCGCCACAGGUGGCUAUGCCCGCGUGGGCAUCAUGAAACGUUUGGAUGUGUUUGUCAAAUCUUUUGCUACUGCUGACUUGGAAAGUCUCAUUCGAAAUACCCCAACGUUGCUACAUAAGGUCUUCUUGACCCCCAAGCUUGGCUUCUCCGGUGUGCCUACCCAAAAGCGAAGUGACAUCUACCUCACUCUGAGUGAGCCACGGAUGCCACGCAAUGCGACCUUGGCGCAUUCGAAAUUUGGCGCGGUGCCGGUGAAUCAACGGUGUCAGACGAGUCUGUCGAACUUGCAGCUGACGUUGGAGGUCCGACGUGCGUCGGGAGAACGCUUCGAAGACUGCAUCUUUACAUCUGCAAACCACCAAGGACAUACGGCGUGGCGGACCACGGGAAUUGAACCGGGCGAGGGCUGGAACCAGACCAUCAGGCUCGCAAUUCCUGCCGAGGAAGUCCCCGGAAGCCAUGUGGUUAUGAGCAUUGCUGACUCGCCCAACUUUCCCUUUGCUCUGGCGUGGGUACCUUUGUGGGAAUUCGACGCCUUCGUUCGUGAUGGCGACCAUCAAGUGUCACUCUACGUGUACGACGAAUAUUCGAGCAGCAUCGUUGGCGGCAAAGGCGCAUAUCUGGCUCUUCCUCCGUGGCACGACAGGAACGACGCUCUCCAAGCCAACGCGGCAACAGUGUCAUUGCGCACAUUUCUGAGCAGCACCGAGUAUUCGCAGGACCCCACCUUGCUCGGUGUCCUGCACUGGAGAAACUACCACGGCGAUGGCCUCCAGGAGCUCCUCGAGCGGUUUCCAUAUGUUCCCGAGAUUGAAAUCGUGAAGAUGCUGCAUGGUGUCUUUGCCGUCAUGUUCGAGAUCUUGCACGAAUACGAAGAUAUUGCGGACUACGAAGACCUUAUAUUCCACAAUUUCGUCGUCAUCCUGGGAAUUGGACGCGAUAAGCGCUUCGAACUGGGGAGCAUUAUCGAGGACUAUGCUACCACGCGACAUGACUGGCCGAGGGCAAGCAAGUCGCUCGCACGAGCCUUUCACCGACUGGUGUCUCGCAACAUGGAUCCAGAUGCUUCUCGCAAGCUUCGAGCGGCCUUCAAGGUGGGCGACCAGAUGUUGAAGCUGAUUGUCGAUUCGAUGAAGCCGACUCCCGAGACCAAUCGUGAAAAAGAGCUCAAUGGUGACUUCCCACCAGACCGUCGGGGCGAGCUGAAGGAGGAGCUGCAGAGACUAUUUGUGGCAGUCAUGGCACUCCUGCGCAAUCCCAUGCCUGUCCUGCUGGGCACACAAACGCUCCUCGUGCAACGCUUCCACACGUGGCUGCCGGAGCUGACACCACUCAUGACUCCCGUGGAGAUUCUCGAGGUUGCCACGGACUUGCUGGAUUCUUGUGCUCAUGCCCGAGGUAAGAUGACGCUGUACCGGCUGAUUCUCAUCGUCAACUACAGCCAGCUCGAUGUGUUCAAAGCGCCCGAGACGCGCGCGAAUCUGACGGCGAGCACCUUUGGCUGGCUGGAGCCCUACUGGGGUUGGGUGCCGGAACCGGAUCAGCAGUGGCGCGACUCGGUGCGAUUGUGUUGCGCCGUGGUUGCAACUCAAAUGGAACAUUUGGGCGAGGAAAGCUGCCAGUAUGUGCCCAAACUUGCCGAGUCAUAUGGCGUGCUGCAGGAACUGCCGCGUCGCCCCAAACGGGUCUUUAGCAUGCUCUUUCCGACCAGCUAUCCAUUCCCGACCAAACGUACGGACAAAGACAUCGAUGUGGACGAGGCUAUGCUCGAGAUUGCAGCCCUCAUAUCGGCAGCACUCACAUCGGAUCGCAAGUUGUACUUUGAUGCCAAUACCGUGGACAUUCCCGGUGUGCUCGCGCAAUCACUUGAAGUUAGCCAAAGCAUUCUCUCGUGUCAGGCGUUCCCGUGUAGCUGGCUGAGUCUGCUGGUCAGUCAUCACCGGUACAGCAUCACUGCGCUGGAGCGCAUCGAAGAGGUCCUGAUUGAAGGUUUGCCUGAUAUUUAUGCUCCCAAUGCUGCCGAGGCUUUUGAAUUUGACACGUCCAUAUGGCGCAUCUUCUUCAACACCCUCUUCGCCGCUCUCGGCAGUCCCGCACUCGCCAUGGAAACCUUUCCUGAACAAAAACGACGAGCAGUCUGGAAGAUUGCGGGCGACGUUCGCGAACUGGGUGCCAACCUGCUCAAGCGCAGUUGGGAGGCGAUUGGCUGGGAGACGGAUGACCUUGAAAAGCGACUCUAUGGAUUCGACCGCAUGGGCGGUUACCAAGUACAGUUUGUGCCGGAGCUCGUUGCACCGAUCGUGGAGCUGUGCCUCAGCGUGCAUGGAAGUCUUCGUGGUGUGGCCAUUGAAGUGCUGCGCUCCAUGAUCAUUAGUGCGUGGCAGAUUGAUCAAGACCUGUCGUUGAUUCAGACUGCAAUGAUUGAUUGUCUCGACAAGCUGUGCAAAGACAAGACGGUUACGGAUACCAUGCUGCAGAAGACGUUUGUGCCCGAGAUGCUCGAACAGUUCAAGCCGCUGCAGAACACCGUCGAGGACAGUCUGUAUAAUGCCGUGGUUGACAUGUUUAGCAGGAUCCAGGAACUGCUAGAGAUGCUGGCAAGCGUGCAUUCGGGCAAAUCGGUCGUCAACGACGCAAGCCGACUGGUGGAUACGCUGCGUCUCAUGGAGUUUUUGAAGGAUGUGCAGUCCGAAGAUGCGUAUACUCGCUACGUGCACCAGCUCGCCAAUAUGCAGAUUGCCGCUGGGAACAUGACCGAAGCCGGUCUGGCCAUCCAGAUGCACGCUGAUCGCCACGAAUGGGACCCCAACACCCAUGUUCCCGCCCUCAAAGAAUCCGAGCUGCCGGCCCAAUCGGCCUUUGAUCGCAAAGAGGCCUUGUACUUUCGCAUGUGCCAACACUACGAAAAGGGCCAGUCGUGGAAACGGGCAUUGGCCGCAUAUCGCGAACUCGCGCACCAGUACGAGCUGAACUCGUUUGACUAUUUCAAAUUGGCUCGGACACAGCGCGCGAUUGCUGGUAUUCAAGAGCGCAUCGCUCGUGGCGAUCGCACGAGCCCACGCUACUUUAGAGUGGUCUACCGCGGGUUGGGCUUUCCAGCCACACUCCGAGACAAGCAAUUCAUCUUCGAAGGCUAUCCGACAGAUCGACUAUCGAUGUUUGAAGAGCGCAUGCAGCAGCUUCAUCCAUCGGCUCAGAUUGUACGCGGUGGCGCCGAACCGGGCGUGGAAGGACAAUUCUUGCAAAUCUAUGCGGUGAGUCCCAACAAGGACAUUGAGCACAUGGUGUUUCAGCGCACCAAAGUGUCACAAGCAGUGCGAGAAUACAAUUUGAUCGCCAAUCCACGGAAAUUCGCCAUGACUUCGAGACACCCUGCGCGUGAUCUUCCCAUUACCGAACAGGUGGUCGAGAAGGUCAUUUAUACCGCAGCAGAGGAAUUUCCUACCAUACUUCGACGCAGCGAGAUUGUCAAGAUUGAGACGGUCACUCUUCUGCCUAUCGAAGCUGCGAUUGAGCGCACGACGCGCAAGACUCAAGAAUUACUGGCGAUGGAGAAGCGCAUUGCCAAGGGCAUCGACCAUGAAGGCACCAUGUCGAGGCUCACGGAAGACUUGAUGAGCUCUGUGGAUCAAGACUCCGACUCCAGCGUCGCACGCUACCGUGGCCUUCUUCCCACUUCCGAGGCCGCAGCAGACACGCUCUCUCUCGACCCUUCAGUCUAUUCACGAUCCAUGGACCCCCCGCUCGAACCGGUGCAAAACGCAUUGAAAGUGGCUCUCCUGGAUCAUGCAGUGGCCAUCAGACGUUGUCUGGCCUUGUACAAGAGGCCGCAAUACCUGCCGAUCCGAGCCGAGCUUCUCCCACGCUUUGAAGCCACUUUCCAGCACGAGCUGGAGGUUCUCUUUCCACAGCGAGAACUGCGACUGGAUGAAGAGGACAUUACACCGCGAAACUCCAUCGAGGAUGCGCACAUUGCAUUGACCGCUGCUGCGAAUGAGCAGCAGCAGCAAGCACAAGCGGGAGCUCAACAAGACGAUCAGCAUGAACCGGAAAAGCGAUUUGGACGUCGUCGAUCCAUCCCCUUCUUGCGGUCUGGUUCGAGAAGAGGUCGCGGAUAUUCGGAAAGUAAUGGCGAUGGGGGCGAUGGGAGGCAGUCUCGUGGGGGAAGCCGGCAUGGGGCAACACAGCGAAGUAACAGUCGGCUGAGCAUGUUCCGGGUUCGCAGCAGCGAGCAGUCGCAGCAGCAGCAGCAGCCUGGCGACGAUGAGCGGAAAUUGGGGGACACGUGGAAGAUGGAGAGAAGAGGUUCACUGAGGAAGAGGUUGAGUUUCUUUGGCCCGAAAGGUGAUGAGGAUUAGGAAUCUUCUUCGUCGUGGGAGACUUUGGACAAGCUUGAGUCUUUGGUGGUGGAAGAAGUGGACGUGUGAUGAUUGUAUUAUUCUCGUGAUACCCCUUAGAGCAAUGGCCACCACAGUAGCAGUAGUAACUAA